UUUUUCUUCAAUCCAAACAAUUAGAGUAAGCGUGGAGACUUUGAGUGCUCUUUGCCAUCACAGAUGAGUGAGAGAGAAAGCAAAGCAGAGAAUGGAAGGGAUGAGCAGUAGAGAGAGAGACUUAAAUCAGUGACAAAUUAGAGAGAGAUUGCUUUUAAGCCAUGGCGGCGGUUGCAGAGUUAGAUAGGUGUUAUUCUGAAUCUUAAAUGCUAGCUUUCGACACAGCCAAACAAGUCCCUUACUUGUCUCCCAGAGAAAGCUGCACUGUGCACUAACCCCAUCACCACCAACUACAGACAAUUAGCUAGUUAUUCAAAACAAUUACUCUUUCUAGAGAAAGACACACACAAAAAGCACACAGAUUCAAGAGGCAAAAAAAGAAACAAAGAGAAAAAGAAACCAAAACCCUCAUUCAGAGCCCAAUUUCUACAUAGAUCCAUCUUGCCCACCUCAUCCCAAAAGGCAAAACAGAAAAACAAAUCAAACCCAAAAAAAAAAUUGAAGAAUACCCACCCAUUUCAUCUCUGGGUUCGAAUUGGGCAGUUUUUUUUGGCUGAAUUGAUUCUGAUAUGUUAUCAGUGACAAUUGAGGUUUGGGACUGGCUUAAAAGGGAAAAAAUGGCUGGGUUAUUCCCACUAGGUGGAGUAAGAGGAACAAACAACAACCAAAACCAGAACCAAAACCAAAGCGAAAUCAGUCCUGAGAGCUGGUUCUUGUACAGAAAUGAUCUAGAUGUAUGGCAACGACAACAACAUGUCCAUCAACAACGAUUACAAGAUCUUUAUUCAGGAACCCAAGUUCAUGUUGCACCAAACACAACCAUCAACUUCUCCGACGGGUCGUCGUCUAGAUCGGCGUUUGUGACAGCCAAAAGCAGCGGCGGUGGUGGAGGAGGAGUUAUUAACUGUCAAGAUUGUGGAAACCAAGCAAAGAGAGACUGUGCACAUAUGAGGUGUAGGAGUUGCUGCAAGAGUAGAGGGUUCCGGUGCCAAACCCAUGUGAAGAGCACUUGGGUUCCUGCUGCUAGAAGGCGCGAGAGACAACAACAACUUGAUGCUUUGCAGCAACAGCAACAGCAACAACAACUCAGAGAAAAUAUCAAAAGGGAGAGAGAGAAUCCAAAUGCAAACACGUCUCGUACAGGGUUAGAAGUGGGAAAUUUUCCAGCAGAAGCGAAUUUACCCGCGGUUUUCCAUUGUGUUCGAGUGAGCUCCAUUGAUGACACUGAGGACCAGUAUGCGUAUCAGACGGCUGUCAACAUUGGUGGGCAUGUCUUCAAGGGGAUUCUCUAUGAUCAAGGCCUUGACACUCAUCACAUGGCCGGUGAUAGCUCCUCCGGCGGUGCCAGCGGAGGUGUUCAACAACUUAAUCUCAUUACCGCCACCGCCGACACCACCAUCGCCGCCGCCGCCACCACCACCGAUGCUGCAUUUCUUGACCCUUCCUCUCAAUAUUCAGCUCCAAUCAACACUUUCAUGACUGGUACGCAAUUCUUUCCACACCCAAGAUCUUGAACACCACAUUCUACUCUCUCUCUCUACCACUUAAGUACCUUAAUUCACUCUCUAAUAUCCAAUGUAUGAAAGUUCUAGUUCCUUUGACACCCUUUGAGAACAAAGUGGAGAAAAAAAAAUAUUGAAAUUUGCAUGUUUGAUUUUUAGUUCAGAUUUCAAUGCAAAGCUGAAUUAUUCUGGUUGUCCUUGGAAUUUGCAGAUCGACUUUAUUUUUUUACUAUAUAUAUAAUAUUUAGCGUAGUGCAGUGUCUUUAAUUUCUUGUUUUUAUUUGUUUGUAACUUAUAGCAAUUUUUGGUUUUUGG